AUGAACAGUACCAGCCUGUGUGAUGGCCUCCCACACCUUUCUAUCUCCGAGUCCAAGCCCUACCAGAGGAAAGUGAGGCUCGAGGAGAUUGUGGACGCUUCAUUCAAUUACCGCAUCAAGUGCCAUGACAUCUUGAUUGAUACCACUAGAGCAUUUGGCGACAUCAUAAACGAGCAGGGCGAGGGCACCUACUACUUCUUCCUACGAAGUCAUGACUUCAAGAAACCAGGCCUGAUCACAACCUUUUCAAUAGCCACAGAAGUUCUUGAUGUCGUGUCUCGCCUAGAUGCUAUGCAGGACUUUGCGUUAUAUGCUUCAAACUACUAUACCCGCAUGGCCUUGCUAGCGGCGUUCUGCAUCCUACGAAUAGUCCGGAGCCAGUUGAAAGAGCACAUUGACCUGCGUGAUGCUCAACAGUCACUGUUCAAGGCGAUUUCAUUCGUCAAGAGGCGUUCCAUGCAACACGGUGACCUGGAUGAGAGGUAUGGGACGAUCCUCUCCCAGUUGUGGUCAAACAGUGAUUCGAUGGAUACUUCUACAGCCAAUGGAUUGGAUCUGAGGAUCCGUAGUCGUUUGUUUAUGAGCGUCGUCUUUGACUCUCUUUGGUGGUGGCGAGUCGAAUACAACGGGCAAGGCAGCCCAUACGACACGAACAACACUGCGCCAGAACCUGGUCAAACGGACGACACAGAUGCCAGCACGUUUUGGAACUCGACAGCUGCGCCUGUAGGCGACAGCUUCGGAUUAUCCAACCUCCCCGAGGUUUACAUGGACUGGAACUUCCCUCUGAAUAUUGAUUAUAUUGGGUAA